AUGGAUUAUGCAGAUAAAGGUAAUUUAAGAGGAAACUUAACAAGAAUAACCAAAAGUGGUUGGUAUCAAAAAUUAUACAUGUUAUUUGGAAUUAUUUCCGGACUUAAUAAUAUACAUGAACAAAAUCUUAUUCAUUGUGAUUUUCACGAUGGCAAUAUUUUAAAUCAUAAUGAAAGAAAAAUUUAUAUUAGUGAUUUAGGAUUAUGUAAACCUGUAAAAUCAUUUUUGAAAAAAUAUGAUAUUUAUGGUGUUAUACCAUUUAUGGCACCAGAAGUUUUAAGAGGCAAAUCUUAUACUCCAGCUAGUGAUAUAUAUAGUUUUUCUAUGAUUAUGUGGGAGUUUACAUCUGGUAUACCACCAUUUAAUAAUAGAGCACAUGAUAUUCAACUUAGUUUAAGUAUUUGUAAAGAAUUGAUGAAAAAGUGUUGGGAUGAAAACCCAUUAAAAAGGCCAACUUCUAAAGAAGUGUUAAAUAUGAUUGAAAAAUGGAUUGUCUAUCCAUAUAAUGUUGGAGAUUUUAAUGAAGAAUUAAAAUACAAUAUUAUGGAAUUUAUAAAUGCACCAAUUGGACAUAACAAUAAUCUUGCUACUGAAUCUCAUUCACAGGCAUAUUAUACAAGUCGCUUACUUGAUUUUACUAGUAAACAAUUGAAUGAAAUUCUUGAAAGUGAAGAUUCACAAGCUAAUGUAAAAGUGAAUGAAAUGCAAGUAAGUGAAGAUUUGGAUGAUUGUUUAAUUUGAAAAAUAACCAAUUAUUUGUGUUUUUACAAGAAUUUGUAGUUCUUUUUAAGUGAUAUUUGAUGUAAUACAUUUAACAGAAAUUGUUGUUUAG